UACUUAAAUAUAAGUAAACUAAAACAAUAAUGUGGCCAAAUGUGAAACAAAUAUGUAAAUUAUUUGAAAUACAACAGACAUAUCAGAAUUCGUUUAACAAUAAAAGAAAUACAAAAAAUCAAAUUGAUAACAGAACUAAUAUUAGUAAUUUCUGCUUAUUUAAAAUUUUCAUAAGAAUUGUAUUAGUAAGUGUUGUUGUCCUUACUAUUGCAGCCAUUAUUGAGUAUGAACAACAACCUAAGUUAAAUAAGUGGAAAAGUAUAACCAUUUCUCUUGAUUUCAUAAAAAAUAUAAUACAGAAUUUAAAUAAUAUUGUUCAAUUUAUAAGAUUACCGAAAAAUUAUAAUCCAAGAUUAAUAGCCUUUACAAUUGUGACAUUUUCAAAUAUUGCAAUUUUUUUUAUUGAUAAUAUAUUUGAAUUCAAAUUGGGAGAUUCAAAGUCAUUUACGUCCCUAUUAAUGAGUUCAUUUUGUCAUGAAAAUCUAUGGGAUUUAACAUUCGCCACUUAUUAUUUAUAUCAGACACUUUAUGGAAUAAAUUCUGUAAACAUUUGGCCUUUUUACAUAACACGAUUUUACAUUGGGAUAGAAGAAUUUUUUGUCCUUUACUUAAUUGCAAGUUUUAUGAUAGCUUUUACAAGAUAUGUAUUUAUGCAAAAGUUACAAUUAUGUCAUUGUAAACAAGGUUCAUUAGGCGCAAUAUCCGCUGUGUUGGGAUGCCUAACACAUAUUCCAUCUUAUAAACAGAUAUUUUUUGGAUUGAUAUACCCGGACAUCAACAGUAUUAAUUCAUGCGAGAUAUUAAGUAUUUUUAUGGCAUUCAGUAUAAUUGGACUGCAUUUAAAACAAUUUAAAUUGGAUUCAUUAAAUAUUGCAAUAGGAUAUCUUUUUGGAAGAUUUUGGAGAGUAUUGGGUUCAGUUUACAUCUGGGGAAAUAGAAAAUUCUUAAUAAUUGGCUGGAUUCGUUUAAAAAAAUUAUUUUAAAAUCAUACUUAAAACAAAUUAACAUUGCAGUGUUCGAAUUUCAUAUUCUUAAUAAAAUCUUGUACAUUCUUUUAAUAUUUGAA